AGAAAAAGGGAUUUCUGCAGCUACUAUUUUUCGUCUUGACUUUUUUCCCCCUCAAGCCUCUUGAGUUGACUUAAUAUGUACAUUUGCGUGCAAUCAAACUACCGGCGUUGAAUGUUUGUCGAUUCAUCCUCCUGAAGACCCAGGUGUAAACUGGAACAUUGUUAUCCUUUUCUGCCAGCUUAUCCAAACGACCAACACCAUUUAGCAAAUGGCAUGUUUGCUUGGUAGGUGAAGAUGAACCGAGAUGAACGCAGUACAGCUGACUAGCAAAACAAUAAAUUCAAAAAAACGGCAACAAAGGAAGGAAUGGAAAAUACAAACGAACGAUAUACAUAUGGGAAUGUAAUUCUGGAGCAAAGUUAUUUUUUUUCCAGUGCGCCCACGAAGUCAUGCAGAGACUUGCACCGAUUCGAAAAGACAUCAACCAUGAAGGAACACAUCCGUCGCCCGUUUUCAGAGGUUGGCGGUGGUAUUCCAUUCUGAGCUCGCGAAGAUGUACUAUUUCUUUCUGCAGCUUUAACAGCUACCCCGUAGUAAAAGACUGAUUGAAUUGUCUAAUGUCUCUAAAAUGGCAUAAGGCGCCCCCGAAAGCUGCAGAUGUUCAGAAAAUAAUUUCCAGGAUGACAAAAGAAUUGCCUGGCUAUUUCGAAUGAUGGAGAGGACUGUAACGAUAGAGCCUGUGGUUAAAUGGAUUUCCAUUCGAUUCGCUGUGUUUUGUGUCGCCUGUGUCGUCGUUGUUCGGAGGACCGAGUGCACAGCGGUACUGCUGGCUGCCUGCAGUGGGAAGGUGGAGCUGCACGCAGAGAGGAGGGGGGUCAUCUACAGCCCAUCCUGGCCCCUGAACUACCCCCCAGGAAUGAACUGCAGCUGGGACAUCCAGGGCGAUAAGGGCGAUGUCAUCACUAUCAGUUUCCGAAACUUUGACCUGGAGGAGUCUGGGAAGUGCUUGGGGGACUGGCUGAUGCUGGGGCCCACAUGGAGGGAGGAGUACCGGGUGUGUGGCUCCCUCCUGCCCCCUCCCUUCAUCUCCACCCGGGGCAGGGUCUGGCUCUACUUCCACUCCCAGGCCAACAGCUCUGGGCAGGCCCAGGGCUUCCGCCUGUCCUACAUCCGGGGCAGACUGGGCCAGAGCAGCUGUCAGAACGAGGAGUUCCUGUGUGGGAACGGGAAGUGCCUCCCGCGGGCGUGGCGCUGCAACGGGCUGGACGAGUGCGGGGACGGCACGGACGAGAAGAGCUGCGCCCCCCCGCCCACCGAGGCCCGGCCCAGCCUGUGCCCGCCCUCCACCUUCCAGUGCACGCAGGCCCAGUCCACGCAGUGCCUGCCCAACACGCUGCGCUGCAACGGGGCCCGCGACUGCGCCAACGGGUCCGACGAGGCCAGCUGCCCCGACACGUCCUGCGGCAAGCGGCUGGCCAACUUCUACGGCUCCUUCGCCUCGCCCGACUUCUUCCGGCCCAACCGCAGCCUGGCGGACCUGCGCUGCUCCUGGUUCCUGGACACGCAGGACCCCAAGCGCAUCGUCCUGCAGCUGGACCUGCAGCUGGGCCCCAGCGACACGGUGCGCGUGUACGACGGCCUGGGCGACCGCGGCGACCACCUCCUGCAGACCUUCUCCCACCGCAACAACCGCCGGCCCGCCGUGGUGGAGUCCAGCCGCGGCCAGAUGACCGUGCUGUACCACGCCAAGCCCCGGGGGCCCGGCCACGGCUUCAACGCCACCUACCAGGUGAAGGGCUACUGCUUCCCCGGGGAGCACCCCUGCGGCAGCGACCAGGGCUGCUUCUCCGAGCGCCAGCGCUGCGACGGCUACUGGCACUGCCCGUCGGGUAAGGACGAGGAGGACUGCCCCAUCUGCCCGGAGGGCCAGUACCCCUGCGAGGGCGCCAGCGGGGCCUGCUACCCCGCCUCGGAGCGCUGCAACAACCAGAAGAAGUGCCCGGAGGGCUCGGACGAGAAGAACUGCUUCAACUGCCAGCCGGGGAACUUCCACUGCGGCACCAACCUGUGCAUCUUCGAGACGUGGCGCUGCGACGGGCAGGAGGACUGCCAGGACGGCAGCGACGAGCGCGACUGCCUGGUGGCCGUGCCGCGGAAGGUCAUCACCGCCGCCCUCAUCGGCAGCCUGGUGUGCGGCCUGCUGCUGGUCAUCGCGCUGGGCUGCGCCUUCAAGCUCUACUCCCUCCGCACGCGCGAGUACAGGGCGUUUGAAACCCAGAUGACACGGCUGGAGGCGGAGUUUGUGAGGAGAGAGGCCCCGCCCUCCUACGGUCAGCUCAUUGCGCAAGGCCUCAUCCCACCGGUGGAGGACUUCCCUGUCUACAACCCCUCUCAGGCGUCCAUGCUCCAGAACAUCCGCACCGCCAUGCGCCGGCAGAUCCGGCGGCACUCCACCCGCCGCGUGUCGUCACGGCGCCGGCUGGGCCGUCUGUGGAGCCGGCUCUUCCACCGCGGCACCCGACUGCGCGGCCAGAUCCCGCUGCUGACCCCGCCCGGGGCCGCCCACCCCUCCCUCACCCGCUCGCACAGCUACCAGGCCGUGGGCGGGGCGGGGGGCGGCACGGGGCUCACGCCCUCCCCCUGCUCCUCCACCGCCCUGGGACUGGCCCUGCAGGCUCACGCCGAGGCCCUGUUCCAGCCCCCCGCGGACUCCCCGCCCACGCCCCUGUCCCCCUCCACGCCCACGCCCCUGUCCCCGCCCACCCCCUCCUCCCCCCUCUCUGCCUCCGACAGUCCGGAGGAGGAGGAGUCGGAGGAGUCGGGUGUGCAGUCUCCUGAGGGGCGAGAGGGCGGGGCCUCCCUCCGACUCCACCCGCUCUCAGGACUGAUGGACAGGCCGGGCCCCAGCAGACGGCCCAGCUCCGCCCCCGAGAACCCGUGCGACACCUACAGCCGCAGGGCCUCCCGAAAACUGGUGCAGGGGCUGGCUGCCAACGUGGCUCUGCGACGGUACACUCCCCUGGGCAUGUCCCCCAGCGCAGACCUCCGCCUGCCCUUCAGCCCCCCUGACACACACCCCCCUGCCCUGGCCCGGGGCCAGGGGCCCUCGAAUCGGAUGUGCCCGUCUGUGGAACUGCCAAUUCAGGAAGGGCAGGAGGCCUGCUGCGGGAGCAACGGGGACGAUGACGAGUCCCUUCUCCUGUGCUGA